CGAAUUCGCCGCAGAGCUUUCGCCACCGCCUUCGCCGUGGCAGGACAUUGAAAAGGACCUGUUUCGCCGUCGAGGCGCCAGAACAAUUCGUGCCGCGCGCGCGUUCGUGAGCGCCAAAAAUUGAGAACACUCAAAAAAAAACAGUAAUCAAGACAUAAAAAAGGUGGUUAUCCUUCUCAACGGAAAUCCAAAGAGAUUGAAAAUGAUGCGACCCCGCUGCCUGGUGUCCUUUUUGGGACUCUGCCUGGUUAUAAGCCUAGGAAUGCGCUGCGAUGCUAGAGCCGUAAACGUGAGCAACACCUGGACAAUGCCGCAGGAGGGUCUCAAUGUCUUCUAUCGCUUCUUCCGCGAUCGCAUAUCCUGGUUUGAGGCCGAUGCCGUGUGCCAAUUUCAUCAUGCCAAUCUUGUGACGGUCGACAACAGUUUUCAAUUCGAUGCAACGCGCGACCUGCUGAGGGAAUUGGAUGUGAACGACAUCGUUUGGAUUGGUCUCAUGCGACCGCAGAACUCGGAUCGUUUCAUGUGGUCGAACUCCCGGCCCUUGGUGGCCGAUACCGGAUACUGGGCCGAAUCCCUGCCCCUGAUGGAUGCUCCCCUCUGCGCGGUCAUUGAUCCCAUCCGUGAUUACCGCUGGCACGCCCUCCGAUGCGGUGGACCCGAAACGGCCUCCUUUCUCUGCGAAAUGCCAGUUCCCAGCUGGGCAGACGCCUGUAUUCUGAAGGACAUGCCCAACCUGACCAUGCAGUACAUGGCCGACACGGCCAGCAUCGAGCUCAUCCGCAACUGCCAGGAGGAGGGUCUUUUGCGACACACCUGCAAGGGCAAGGAGGAUCGUGAGCCUGCCAUCCGCCAACUGAUCUGCCCCAAGGAGCGUCUGGAGGCGCAGCGCAUCAACGACAUCACCAGCUCGCACUUCAAGUCGCUGCAGAUCAUUAACAACAUUCGCACCGACAACAAGGAGAACAACGACAUCGAUCUGCUGCCCAACUACGGACGGCGAUCCGGAAUGCCCCUUAAUAUCGAGGUGGCGCCACCAGUGCCACCCGUUUCCGUUUCCGUUCCCGGGCUGGGCGAGCUGAUGCAGGCGGAUGCACCGGGUGCGGUGUCGCUAUCGGGACUGUAUCGCAUUCCCGAUUUGGUGCCCAAGCCGGUAAAGAAGGCGGCCAAGAAGGUGAUCACGCCGGACUUUGCCAAGAAGUUGCAGGGCAGCCAGCAGCAGCAGCAGCAACACAGCCAACAGCAGCAGCAGCAACAGAAGUCGCGCAAAUCGCUGGUGCAUCAGCACGAGGAGGAGUUGAUGAUGGGCGACCAACCGGCACUCAGCGAGGAGCAACUGCCUCCGGGCAUGGAUAUGGGUAUGCACAUUCCACUUAACGAGGAUGACAGCAAUAGCGAUGCCUCCAACGAGAUAUUCGAGCAUUUGCCGCACAAGAAGAAGAUCCUGCCGCAGGACUUGCGCACCAUGUCGCCGAUUGUUGAGGCGGAUGUGCCUUUAACGGCAGCAGCAACAACAACACUGAAGACCACCACCUUGGCGCCACCGGCAACAGCAACAGCAACAGCAACGGCAACAACCACAGCACCAACACAGAAGACAACAACAACGGCAAGAGCAACAACAACAGCUGAAGUGGCAACCACACCAAAGGCGGUCGAUGCCACAAGUUCACAGGCGCCAACAGCAGCAACAACAACAGCCAGAGGGCCAACAACAACGAUUAGAACCACCACCACGACAACAACAACAACAACAACAACAACAACGCCCCGGCCAGAGGAGACAACAACAUCAACAACCCGGAAACCGGAACCAACAACAAUGCUUGCACCACGAACAACAAAAGCAGCAGCAACAGUAGCAGCAACUUCUUCGAUGGCCACCACACCAACAACAACAGCAUCAUCAGCUGCCACACCCACAACAACAACAACAGCCAGUCAUGCCACGCCUACCGACAACAGCAACAACAUGGCCCACCCCAUUCAUCCCUCGCAGCAGCAGCAGCAGCAACACCACCAGCAACAGAUAUUGCACGAAGGUUCCACGCUGCAGCAGCAACAUGCAACGCACGUCAAUGAGUCCGCCGACAAUACGCGCUUUAUACCGCCAAUGCUGCUGGUGAAGUCGCACUAUGUGCCACCGACGAAACAUGCCAGCGAGCAUGCAACCACAACAACACAAGCAAUGACAACAGCAGCAGCAGCAGCAGCAGUAGCAACAACAACAUCAGCCAAGGCGGACUCGCAGCCAUCAACAGUCACGUCAUCGAAGAAGCCGACAGCAGCAACACCAGCAACAACAGCAGCAGCAGCAGCAGCAACAACACCAAGAGCAGCAGCAGCAGCAGACACACUGGCAACAUCAACCGUGACAGCGACAACAGGUGCAGCAGUGGAGAUGACAACAAGCGUGAAAGUAGCUGAAGACACCGCAGCAACAUCAGCAACAACGGCAGCAGCAGUAAUUGCCAGUGAAGCGCCAGCAGCAACAACUAUUGGUAAUGAAAUCAAGUCGAAUGCCACAGCAGCAACACCAGCAGCAACAGCAACAGCAGCAACAGCAAGAGCAAGAGCAACUACAACAACAACAAAAAGACCCAUUCCCAAGCCAGUGAGAUUCACCAUAUAUCCGCAGAACGUUGGCUCCUUCAAGGUGGAUAACAACGGCAUGGGCAGCCCCGAGGAGGAGGACGACCAGGACGAGUUUGGCCAUUUGGACGCCGAGGCGGCCACAAAGCGACACAACUUCCUGGAGGAAACCGAGGCGCCAUUCAAGCCAAAUCGACGACGCUCGCUUACCAAACCGGAAACGGUUAGCUAUUUCAAGAAGAUCUUGGGCUAAAAACCCCUAGAGCCGCAAUCCGCACUUGCAACACCGUAAACCGUAAACCGUAAACGUAAUCGUAACAGUAACUAAACUGUUAAUCCAUAAAUAAGAAAAAGAAAAAAAAAGAAGAAAAGUAAAUGGUACACUCCCUGCAGAAAGGUAAUUGGUCUCCGAAAAUCAGAGUAAAUUGAAACAGCUGAGCCGCUGGCCAUUUCCUCCUUUGGAAAUCCCCUUCCCAAGACCCCAUAUCCACAUUCCGGCCAAAAGUUUGUGGAAGCUACAGCUGCCCAAAAAUUUUGUGUCCCCGGCAGAAAUGCAGGAAAUCCAACCGGAAACCCAAAAGAAAACUCAACUCAACACAAGUCGUCUCGACUCCAGUUGCAAGUACCGAGAUAUGUCAAUUUUUCAACGGCAGAAAUAAAAAGGAAAACGAAAGAAAAUGCAAACAAAUAAAGAACGCACACUCAAAAGCAGAUACAGAUACACUGAAAGCCAGAGAAAGUGCGAAUCUGUCAGGUGGGGAGAAAGCAAACUGAAAAUGUUGGAGAUUCAACUGGAAAAGCAGGGAGUGUGUGCGAUGCAAAGGCCAAAUCUAAAGUACGAUAAAUACUAAAAGAAAAGUGUUUACAAACGUAUACAUAAGGCGUCUGUUUUGGAUUUCCAUUUGCUUUGCCUACAAGCGACUUGUGGUCACACUGGUCUAAAAGGGGAAAAACUACAAAACGAUGUGUGCAAAGUGCAGGCAAAAUGCGAAAAUUAAAUAAAACACUUUAAAGCACAUGUUUCGCUAUUAGCCUUCUACUUUGUUUGAUAUUCUAGAAUUAAAUUUAAAUUGAAAUUUCUAAAAGCCUUCCUAAAUGUCUUUGUUUUUACCAACAUUUUAACCAAAAUUAGAGCUUUCAUAAGAUGAAACAAAUUUUGACUUAACUAAACAUUAAUUUACCUUUUUACUUUAAUUGGAUUUCUAGAAUAUAAUUAAAUAAAAUCCAAUUCUUAUUCAAUUUAAAUGUCUAAAAGCCUUCCGAAAUGUCUUGGUUUUCUAACAUUUUUAACAAAAUUAGAGCUUCCAUAGAAUGAAACCAAUUUUGGCUAAACUAAACAUUAUUUUAAAUAAAUUUUCCCUAGUAAGAACUUGGAACUUCAUUUAAAUCCAUAAAAGGUUUCACUUGCCACACUCUUUUUUUUUUUUUUUUUAAUCUUUAAGCAUUGCAAGUGACUUUCAAAAGCGAAUGAAAAUCCAAAACGGCAACCGCCAUGCAAAUUACAUAUUUACCUAUAAAUUAUGAACGUAUGAAAUAGAUGUUGUUUUUUUUUUUGGUGUACUAAAAUAGUCAAAUACAUAAUGUGUAAGUGAAGAAAGGAAAAACAGAGCUGGUUUUCGUCAUUUCUAAAUGUUGAGAAAAUUACUUCGAAUGAUUGCGGCAAAUUGGCGGAGCGGAGAAGCGUAAGCGAAUAUAAAAUGAAAAAUGUGUUGCAAGGAACGAGCACACUUAAGAUUAAGCUAAAAUUUAACGAAUCAAAGAGAAAACCCAAAGAGGAAAAUAAAACCGAAAAAAGGUGGAAACGGGCCCCCAAAUGACACGGAAAAAAGGCCGAAAAAAAAGGAAGCACUUGAUGUAGAGAAUUAUUUGUAGGUACUUGAGUAUUUGAGAGCAGCGGGCAGAUUAAUACGGUCCCGUUGGGUCGCUCUAAAAAAAAACCAAAAAACAUGCAGUAAAAUAGUAUAAAUGUAAACCAAAUAAUGAAUUAUGAAUAAAAUAAAACCCUUUCAAGAAAU